AAAGCGCAUCCAAUCGUACCGUUAACGUAUCAGUUGGAUUUGAGACACUCUCAGCACAGGUCGUGUAGAACGGUGAAAAGUAAACACAGCAAAAUGUUCCGAAAAUUGAUUGUUGCAUCUCUUGUGGUGUCGCUCGUCGUCGCCCUUCCUCAGCGUCCUCAGGCCCGCAGCGCUGGCGGCGGUGGUGAUGAUGCCGGAGCGGAAACCCUUGCCCAGGACACGGUGAUCAAUGCGGACGGAUCGUACACGUACAACUACGAAACGAGCAACGGCAUCAGUGCGUCCCAGGCCAGCAACGACGGUACGAACGCCAACGGUAACUUCGCCUUCACCGCUCCGGACGGCCAGCGGUACGAGGUUGUGUACAUUGCCGACGAGAACGGCUUCCAGCCGCAGGGAGCCCAUCUGCCAACUGAGCCCCCAGCACCCGAGCAUGUGAUCAAGAUGCUGGAGGAAAUGCGUGCCAACCCACCAGAGGGAGCUGAUCUGGAGUCGCUCGAUGCUACCCUGAACCGACUGCGCGCUACCCUCGGUUAGGAAGCACAUCAUUCGCCAGUAGGUUAGAAGAGGAAUGAAGCUGUACAGUGCUAGAUAAAGAGAGCGUACGCAACGAUCGUACGCUUGGAUUUUUUUUUAUUAAAACGAUGUGAAAUAUAUGAAAGCCUCGCCAUUUUGCUCGGACUACAAAAA